AUGGAACGAAAACUACAACAGAGAUAUGACAAUUUGACCAAAGCCGCAUUUGAGGGUACAACAUAUCAGUGUGGUGUGACCAUGACACAUGUGUCAGUCAUUACGGAAAUACCUUUUCCAAAGGUUAUGCCAACCAUGAAUAAAAUUGAGACUAAUUUUUUUUCUUCUGCCAAUAAAAUAUACUGUGACAUUGAAACAACCUCACUACACAAGGAUGAAGAUAUUUUACAGAUUGCUGCUACUAGUGAAACAGAGUCAUGUGAUUUAUACAUACUACCGUCAAAGUCAAUUUCACCGGCUUCGUCCGACAUAACAGGGCUGACAGUAAUCGGCAAAAACAUGUUUUACCGAGGCCGAAAGGUUGAUACCCAUUCACUCAAAGAUGCCAUUCUCUUGUUUGUAAAAUUUCUUGAAAGUCAUCAACCUUGUGUUCUCAUAGGUCAUAACUUCCACACAUUUGAUUUUCCAAGAAUUAUUAGAGCAUUUGAGCUGACCAGUAUGACUGAUCAUCUGUGUAAAAACACCCUGGGAGCGGUUGAUACUUUGCCUCUGUUCAAAAAAGCUCAUCCAGGUCUUGAAAAAUAUUCACAGGAACAUUUGGUUGGUCUGUUUGUGAAACAGACUUACUCUGCUCACAAUGCUCUCAGUGAUGUUAAAAGUUUACAGAAAUUGUAUACUACUGUAGGUGUGUCUAAUCAGCAAAUGUCUUAG